AUGGCCGCAACUAAAUCACCCGUCUUUCUUCCUCUGGUGCCGACCAUUGCCACUUUACUAGUAUUGGCAGCAGCAGCGUCGUCCUUCGCCGCCGGAGAAUCCCAAACCUCCUUCGCCACAAAGAAGCAGCCAAUGACGAUGAAGAAAGCAAAGCUGACGCACCUCCACUUCUACUGGUCCAACAUCCGUAGUGGGCCCGAGGCCACGGCCCAGAUCGUCGCCCCGAUCCUCAACAACGCGACUUUCUACGGGACGGUGGCCCUGAACGACGAUACGCUGACAUUGGGCCCGAACCCUGACAACUCGACGUCGGUGGGGAAAGCCCGUGGGCUCUACCAUUUCCCAUCCAAUACGACGGCUUUGGUUUACGAGAUGGUGUACAACUUCGCCUUCACUUACGGAGACUACAACGGCAGCUCCAUCUCUCUUUUGGGUUCCGUCUUCCCGACGUCAGGAACGGCCAACGAGCUCUCCGUAGCCGGCGGCACGGGCGUUUUCCGCUUUGCUCGUGGAUACGCCGUCUUGAACUUUUUCUCGUUUGAUCCCAUACGUACCUUGGUCGUCAACGAGCUCGACGUCUACGUUUCGCAUUACUAG